GUUUGCGCGGUAUGAUCCACCGUCGGAAUGAUUCGGAGGCAAUGUGGCUGUUCGGUUCACGCGAAUCGGAUUGAAUAACCCAGCUCUCUUGUGGCGGUUGACGUGUGACAUAUGAUCUUGCCCUUCCGGGCCCCGUCCUGUCGAAUGGUUAGCUCCAACAUAAGAAUUCACUAUGGAUGAGGGACCCGUACUCCUCACCCCCAUUCCUAACAUCGAACAUCGCCGUAUCUUCAUUUCAUGGCUCCUAGUCCGGCUCUGCAUGAUACGUUCGGGGUGUUAGUUAUAUGUACAAUUGGUUCUUCUUUCCUCCUUGCAGUACAGCAUUAUCAAGCCAAUCUUUAUUUGAAAAGAUUUUGGAGAAGAGAUCCCAGAUACUUUCGGUACAAUGUGAUCGCAGUAACAGCGAUUGACACAUUGCAUCAAAUAUUUUGUCUUUACACGCUCUAUUUGUAUCUCGUGCAUCUCAGUCCCUCCAGUAGUAGCGCCUCCAGCGUCCAGGCUGCUAAACUCCGAAGAAUUCAGCGCUGUUUAUGGCCUGUGACAGCGACCGUGUUCACAGGGACGCUUGUCAGUUACCUUGUCCAAAUGUAGGUAUCACUUGUCCCCGUAAUAUUUGCGCUGCUUCCGCCAUUUCUCUGCCAGGUUUUAUGCACGACGAUGCUGGUUCUUAAAUAAGAAAC